GUCAGAAUGGUUGAUGCUCGAACAGCUCUAAUGUAAGGAAGGGAGAAAGAGCUCUUUAUUACACAUUACUUUCUAUUUAUCUCAUGGUUUUCUACCCAGGAAUCAGCUCUUCGAUUGUUGGGUCUGUAAGGGAAGGUUUGCUUUCACAUCUGAAUUAUAAAGUAAGUGUUCUCCAAGGAACGCAAACGUGCCUGACUUACACUUGUUCUUCCUCAUGCAGGCAACAGAAUGAAGCUGGAAACGCCUACUCAGCCGCCAGGUCUUUUCAGUGUCAGGAAAACUGCCUCUGUACAACUGGACCAGAGGCUGUUCACCUUGGAGGAGGUGGCUGUGCAUUUCUCCGAGGAGGAGUGGGCGCUGCUGGAGCCUGACCAGAAAGCUCUGCACAGGGAGGUCAUGGAGGAGAUCAGCGGGGUUUUGGCCUCUCUUGAACUGGAGAGCUGCAAGAAGGGAACACCGGGGGACCUGCUGGGGCGGUUGACGGAGGCUGCAGAGGGAACGGCUUGGCACCCGCAAGAAGAUUUUAACCGUGCCCAGUGCGUGAUCCACAACAAUGUUGGAAGAACAUGUGCUGCUCCCGGGCUUUGCCCUCCGCCUCCACCCUCCAGGCUGGCUUUGCGGCCGGCAAAGAGAAAGCGAGUCCCCCGCGCAGAACGUGCGGUGGAGAAAAUGAUCACGCAUUCGGAGAAGAAUCGGCAGGAACUUCUCCGCGAGUUGGACGCAGAACACAGGUGCACCACAGCGUUCAUCCAAGAGCUGCGAGACGAUGCGCAGGGCCGCCUGGAGAUGCGCCGGCAGAUUGCCGCAUUGUGCGAGGCAACCCAGAACUUUGUGAGAGUUUUGGACCGGGCACUGAACGGCCUGGCCGAUGAAUUGCAGGGCACCCUCCCUUGUCCUGCGACAGCCUCCCUCUGCGGUCUGCUGGUGUCAGUGUGCGGUGUGGUGGUGAAGGGCCUCAGUGCCAUCUGCGCCAUUGCGAACACCAACGAGGAGGAAGCUGAUCUGAUAGCAGACAUGGCGGCAUGGCGUUUGGCCAGCCGAGCAAGGACCUCGCAGAGGAUCCGCGCCCUACUCCUUCGGGGAGAUACUGAGAGUAGGCUUCUUUUCAGUGCGCUGUGGGGGAUGGUUCCACGGCAGCGCCGGUGGUGGGUUUAUCCCUCCCGUACUCGGUGGUGGACUGAGUUGGAACUGACUGACUGGGAUGACGAGCAGUGGGUUGCUAAUUUUCAGAUGACGCGGGGCACCCUUUUUGAGAUUGCCGACCGGCUACGGCCACAGCUGCAGAGACAAAACACGUCGCUACGCCAGGCGGUUCCGGUGGAGGAGCGGGUGGGGAUCACUGUCUGGUGGCUCGCUACGCAGGCGUCCUACAGGGAGGUUGCUCACCGGUUUGGCUUAGGAAGAACCACAGUGGGGAGUAUCGUGGUAGAGGUUUGCCUUGCGAUCGAGCAUGUUCUCUUGAAGAGUGAGGUCUGCCUUGGAGAUCAUCAGAAGAUCAUGGAUGGCUUCAGAGACUUGGGUUUCCCCCACUGUGUCGGAGCAGUUGACGGAUGCUAUAUCGCCACCGGUGCACCCUUCGCCCAGCGGGAGGAGGACUUCCGAAAAAACUGCUCCUCGAUGCUGCUCCAAGGGGCGGUGGACCACACGGGGCGCUUCAUCAGCAUUGAAGUGGGCUACAGCGGGAACCAGCCCAACACCUUUGCCUUUGAGAACUCCGCUCUCUGCAGCGCGAUGGACACCGGUCAGUUUGUGCCUGGGAACCCCACAGUCACCUCCAGGGGCAUCGCUAUCCCCCCGGUCAUCCUUGGGGGCAGCGCCUACCCUUCCCGGAGAUGGCUGAUGAAACCGUUCACGGGGGCCCUGAACGGCCCAAGAGAAGCUGCCUACAACCACGCGUUUAACCGAUGCCGGAAGGUGGUCGAGGCGGCUUUUGGGCGACUCAGAGCACGAUGGCGCUGCCUGAGCGGAAGGCUGCCGGUGGCCGAGGAGAAUGUGGUGUGUGUAAUUGCCUCGUGCGUCGUGCUGCACAACAUCUGUGAGAGCAGGGGGCAUGGCAUGACGCUGCGUGCAGAGACCGUGGCCCCCACAGGACUUUUCUCACAGAUUAGCCCUCACAGUCAGGAACAGGGGGCGGAGGGUGAGGCGGUGCAGGCAGCCCUCGCAGACCUCGUCUGGACGUGCUGGUAAUGUGCAGAAGCGUUCUGCCUCUCGCUGGGUUUGCACAGAGCUGCAAAAGGGAAGUACCGACGACUGCGCCAUCUCGAUUCCUGUCCUGCAGCUGCAGCCGGAAGAAUUCCUGUUCUGGACUACCGUAUGCGUGUAAUACUGGAAGCGGCUCUGAAUGUCGGGACAAUGUUGUGGGAAGAGUGGGUGGUUUCGUGUGCUCUUGGGCUUGUACUGUGUUGUGAUGGAUCUGAUGCCCUGGCAUCGCCUGGAUCUGAUGCCCUAGUAGCUUGCCCUGCCAGUCUGGGAUGCCCAGAGAGGGACUCAUGAGCAGGUGGACUUCAUGACAUCAUUGUGGCUUGAAAGGAUGCCUUAGAGAACGUUUAAGAUCAGUGCCAGGACAAUUUAGCAUCAGUGAGAACAAGGGUGCCUGAAGGACAGUCAAGAGGGCAGCUAUGACUGUGCAAUCAAAUACACACACACGCAAAAACCAGGCAGAGCUGGUUCAAUUGCAGUGUUGUGGCCAUCUUGACUGUUUUGACCAUACUUUUUGGACAUCCUUAUAUGACAAGUUUUACUUCCAUGCCCCCCUGCCAGUGGCUUCAGUGUAUUUAUCAGAAGUGGAUUGUUGAUUCAUACAAAAGCUGCAGAGAAAUGUAGAAUCUUCCAUUUGAUAAAGCUGUAUUUCUGCUAUUUUUAAUGCCCUGCUUAUGGUAUCAUCAGAAAAGAAAAAGGGCUGCUAAUGGUGAGGGAGAAAAAUCUUUGUGACUGGAAUGGUUUUUUUUUUUUACAGAAAAUUCCAGCCAAGCUUUUUUCUAUGGAAUGAUGGAAGCGUCUCUGUCAGCUCCACUAUGUAGAACAAACCAAGAAAUCAACUCCAGAAGAAGGCUAAAACUACUUUUAUUAAUAUUGGCUAUAGCAACUGAAUCUUAAAUCUUAAAGGGACGCGGUGGCGCUGUGGGUUAAACCGCUGAGCUUGCCGAUCGGAAGGUCGGCGGUUCGAAUCCGCGUGACAGGGUGAGCUCCCGUUGCUAGUCCCAGCUCCUGCCAACCUAGCAGUUCAAAAACAUGCAAAUGUGAGUAGAUUAAUAGGUACCGCUUCGGCAGGCAGGUAACGGCAUUCCGUGUAGUCAUGCCAGCCACAUGACCACGGAAGCGUCUACGGACAAACGCCGGCUCUUCGGCUUUGAAACGGAGAUGAGCACCGCCCCCUAGAGUCAGACACGACUGGACUUAAUGUCAAGGGAAACCUUUACCUUUACUUAACUGAAUCUUGCAAGUCUGACGGUGCCUCCCCUGCCAAUACUCAUGUGAAUAAGGGAGGUGUCUGCCUGAAUUGCUUGGGCAUGCCUUGUUUUGGACUUAAGCUGUUUUCCCCCUUGUCAUUUUGGUAAUGGAUCUGGCCUCUCUCUGUCAAGGUCAUCUUCCUUACCUUCUACAGUGUCAGAUCAUAUUUGUAAUUUUGCUUUUCAAAGCCUUGUUUCUGCUAAAACCUGCACUUCAAGAGACUUCUGUGACUGUAGUUCUAAUUUUUUUACAAACAGUGUCUUAUUUAUUGGUAUGUAGGGCUACAGGAAGAGUGUUAGUUUUUAAAAUAAACAAACCCUGGUCCACUGCUGGGCACCAGUUUUUACAUGGCCGGAUUAUUUGGACAAGGACGUGAAAAGGUCAGAAUGGUAUAAUCAACUGGGACUUAAAAGAAAGUUGCAUAUUUCUAAAAACAAAGGAAUGGAAGAACAAUUGUAAGAGGUGGUCAUGAAAGGGCAGGGGAUGAAUAGUUUUUCCUAGUAAGAGCCAUGACAACCCCCAUCUUCACAUUUAGUGAGCAAAUGGCUUCCCUUUGUUCUAAUCACAUAAUCAGAGGAAUCCGUACUGAAAAUGCUGUUGAAAGUACUGGUUCGUCGAGAGAUUUUCGUUGGUUUGUGCAUUUCCCUUUCCUUAACAGGAUCCUCUACACAGAAAGACUGGUUUUUAAAACCAACCACCAGAGACUGAAAUUCCAGUCAAUAUCUGACCACUACACUUUAGUCAGAAGGAACAGGUUGAUACCAAGGACUCAUAACUCCUAUUUGGCAACUGAGAUGAGACAGAAAAAGCACUGGAUGGUAUGGAGGGGAACAAACUAGCUAUUCUCUGAAUAUUUCUUCUAGUAAAAGUCCAGCAAAGUGUUAAAUAUUAUUUGUGGAAAAUCUCCUAAAAAAGGUUGACUGGGAAGUUUUGCAUCUCAGCUGCAUUC